GUUACCCUCCUGGCGCCGUCGGGCUGCCCGCGUUUCGCCUGUUCGACAAAAACUGCCUCUCUGGCAGGGCUCUGUGCUGUCGUGUGCGCUCCGGGUGAGCUCCGCACAGGUUUUCUGUGGGCUGCUAUUGCCGCUUGGCUCCUGUAGGUACUGCUGAGUCAGAUAGCAGGAGAUGGGAAAUUAGUGCUGAUCGAAUAGAUGGUGUUGCAGAGGAUUGCUCUGAGGUUAGUGAGAGCUGUGUAACAAACCUUAAGAAUUUAAGAGGUUUGCAAAGUAUAGAGAAACAGCCUUGAAAAUGCUGUCCAGACUCUUCCGAAUGCAUGGCCUUUUUGUAGCCUCUCAUCCAUGGGAAGUCAUUGUGGGAACAGUGACUCUCACUAUCUGCAUGAUGUCUAUGAAGAUGUUCACUGGGAAUGAUAAGAUCUGUGGCUGGAAUUAUGAGUGCCCCAAAGUUGAAGAAGAUGUUCUGAGCAGUGACAUCAUCAUCCUGACAAUCACACGCUGCAUAGCAAUUCUUUAUAUAUAUUUCCAGUUUCAGAACCUAAGGCAGCUUGGAUCAAAAUACAUUUUAGGUAUUGCUGGCCUCUUCACAAUCUUCUCAAGUUUUGUUUUUAGUACAGUGGUAAUUCACUUCUUGGAUAAAGAAUUGACAGGUUUAAAUGAAGCUUUGCCAUUCUUCCUGCUUCUGAUUGAUUUGUCAAGAGCAAGUGCAUUAGCCAAAUUUGCGCUCAGUUCCAACUCACAGGAUGAAGUACGAGAAAAUAUUUCACGUGGGAUGGCAAUAUUAGGCCCUACGUUUACCCUGGAUGCACUUGUGGAGUGCCUUGUAAUUGGUGUUGGUACCAUGUCAGGUGUACGACAGCUUGAAAUUAUGUGCUGCUUUGGCUGUAUGUCUGUUCUUGCCAACUACUUUGUCUUCAUGACCUUCUUUCCAGCUUGUGUGUCCUUGGUAUUAGAGCUUUCAAGAGAGAGUCGUGAAGGGCGCCCUAUAUGGCAGCUUAGUCAUUUUGCUCGUGUUCUGGAAGAAGAAGAGAAUAAACCAAAUCCUGUGACACAGAGGGUCAAAAUGAUUAUGUCACUGGGUUUGGUUCUUGUUCACGCCCACAGUCGUUGGAUAGCGGAACCAGCUGCUCAAAACAGUACUGUUGAAAAUUCAGUGGGAUUGGAUGAGAGUGCACCAAAGAGAAUUGAACCUAAUGUUUCACUGUGGCAGUUCUACCUUUCUCGAAUGGCCAGUAUGGAUAUUGAGCAAGUAAUCACACUUGGAUUAGCCCUUCUCCUUGCUGUCAAAUAUAUUUUCUUUGAGCAAGCGGAGACUGAAUCUACGCUCUCACUGAAGAAUCCCAUAACAUCUCCUGUGAUGGUACAGAAAAAGGUCCCUGAAAAUUGUUGCAGGAAGCAGACUGGAGUUCUGAAAAACAAUCAAAAAUCUAACACAGGAGAAGAAACUUUCAUAUCCAAAGAUGAAAGUGCUGAAGUCAUAAAACCUGUGUUAGCAGAGUCAUCAACCAAGGCUACAUUUGUAGUUGGCAAUUCCAGCCCUGUGGAAACUUCUUCAUAUCUGAGUGGAAAAGAGGAAGAGAUUGAGUUACCUAAAGAGCCACGUUCUAUUGAGGAAUGUGUUCGUAUACUUGGAAAUGCACAGGAAGGAGCAAAAUUUCUUACUGAUGCUGAGGUUAUCAGCUUAGUUAAUGCUAAGCAUAUUCCUGCGUACAAACUGGAAACCCUGAUGGAAACCCAGGAGCGAGGUGUAUCCAUUCGCAGACAGAUGUUAUCUAAGAAACUUCCUGAACCUUCAUCUUUGCAGUAUCUUCCUUACAAGAAUUAUAAUUAUUCUUUGGUGAUGGGAGCUUGCUGUGAAAACGUGAUUGGAUAUAUGCCUAUUCCUGUAGGCGUAGCAGGACCACUGGUUUUGGAUAAGAAAGAGUUUCAGGUGCCAAUGGCAACAACAGAAGGAUGUCUUGUAGCAAGCACAAACAGAGGAUGUAGAGCAAUAUGUCUUGGUGGAGGAGCAAGUAGCCGCAUUCUGGCAGAUGGGAUGACUCGAGGACCUGUUGUAAGGUUGCCCACUGCUUGCCAGGCUGCAGAGGUGAAAGUCUGGCUUGAAAGCCCCGAAGGUUUUAAAAUAAUGAAGGAAGCUUUUGACAGCACAAGUAGGUUUGCCCGCCUACAAAAACUUCUCAUCAGUUUGGCUGGUCGUAACCUUUAUAUCCGGUUUCAGUCUGGAACAGGGGAUGCAAUGGGAAUGAAUAUGAUUUCAAAAGGUACUGAAAAAGCACUGGUGCGGCUGAAUGAAGAGUUUCCUGACCUUCAGGUUAUAGCUAUCAGUGGUAACUACUGUACAGACAAAAAACCUGCUGCUAUAAACUGGAUAGAAGGAAGAGGAAAGUCUGUUGUCUGUGAAGCAGUCAUUCCAGCUAAGGUUGUUAGAGAAGUGUUGAAAACAACUACAGAAGAUCUAGUUGAAGUUAAUAUAAACAAAAAUUUGGUGGGUUCUGCGAUGGCUGGUAGCAUAGGUGGCUACAACGCACAUGCAGCAAACAUUGUGACAGCGAUCUACAUUGCCUGUGGUCAGGAUGCUGCACAGAAUGUGGGCAGCUCCAACUGCAUCACUUUGAUGGAGAGAACUGGUUCCACCAAUGAAGACCUGUACAUCAGCUGCACAAUGCCUUCUAUAGAAAUAGGGACUGUUGGUGGAGGCACCAACCUGCUCCCACAGCAGGCCUGUUUGCAGAUGUUAGGGGUUCAAGGUGCAAGCCAAGAUAACCCUGGUGAAAAUGCCCGUCAGCUUGCUAAAAUUGUUUGUGCUACAGUGAUGGCAGGGGAAUUGUCAUUAAUGGCUGCUCUUGCAGCAGGGCAUCUGGUCAAAAGCCACAUGAUCCACAACAGGUCAAAGAUAAAUCUACAGGAUCUUCAAGGAACCUGCACUAAAAAGGCAGCUUGAAUACUAAAAUGGGUUUGAACUGAAGAAUUGUUUUAGGAACUGACCAGGUGCACAAGGAAAAAAAACCAAAAUCUAUGAAGUUUAGAAUAAAGAUUGCCUUCAACUCAAUGAUGUCUGUGUAAGACAAACUAAGAGAUCAAGACUUGAGACUAGCUAUGCUUGAUCUUCUUCAGUGGUUAGAAACUGUGAAAAGAAGUCCUGUCAGAUAUCUUGAAUAUUCUUUCAAAUUCUUACUCUUACAAAAAUUCUUUCAUGCUUUCAAACUCUUACUACACAUCAUUUUCUGAAGAGUCAGUCUAAUGUUUUCACAGGUUGAGAUUAUUUUGCCUAAUAACGUCCUGGUAACUACUAAACUGAAAAGUAAUGUGAUGUACUUUGUACAUUUAAAGUAACAAAACAAAAGAAGUUGGUGUAAACUUGGAUUGAAUGCACUGGUCCUUGCCAUCUUUAUUUUCUGGUUAAGCAAGCAUGUUUUUUAAAGUGAUGGCAAGCCUAAUCACUUUCUAUGAACUCCCAGUUUUAAUUUGUUCACAUGUAAAACAGGUCUUAGGCUAUCAGACAGUUUAAUUGAAUUAUAUUAGUUUAAUAGAAAUCUCUGUCUAUAUAUAGUACUUAAUUUGCUGCUGCUUCAGCUAAGCAGUGUUCAGUGUUUAAGUCCACAAUCUAGGUUAUUCCUUUAUGUAAAACUUGUGAUCUUUUAUAUUUUGAACUGUUAAAUAUAAUCUGUACUGAAGUAGGGAAGAACAGUGUCUUCAACUGUUUUGGUACUUUGUAGAAAAAAUGAAAUGGCAACUUCAAAACAGUUAUGUGUCAGAUAUUUAAGCAAAUGUAGUUUCUCAGAGAAACAUUAUUUGAUAGGAGUGCAUUCAAACAGGAGUCAAGAACA